AUGGCUAACUCUUCUGGCCAUAGGAAUAAUCCGUCUGAUAGUAAUGCUAACAACACUCUUAAUGCUCGUGGUAAUGGGGAUGGUAAAGCAGUUGCUAACACCGCUAAUGGGGGAAAAGCUCGACUUUAUGGUUUGACUUGUAAGGAGGCGAAGGAAGAACCUGACGUCAUGGUCACAGGUAUUCUAACUAUAUGUUCUCUUGAAGCAUAUUCGUUGAUCGAUUCGAGUUCAAGUUUUUCUUCUAUAACUCAGUAUCUUGCCCUUGAUUUUGGUGUGAAACCCAAACAAUUGUUAGAACCCUAUACUACGAAUACCCCUACUAGUAUUCUCGUUAUUGCUUCUAGAAUCUAUAGAGAUUGUGUAGCCGUAGUUAAUGGCCGGGAGACUACUUCAGAUUUGAUGGAAAUAGGAAUGGUGAACAUUGAAGUGAUCAUGGGGAUAGACUGGCUUUCCAAAUGUUAUGCAAUUCUAGGUUGCCCAUUAAAAAUAGUUAGUCUUGUAUUUCUAGAUGAACCCAUUAUGAUUAAAAGAGUAAUAUCGUUAAAUCUCGAGGUAGACUAUAGGUGUGAAUCCCUUAUUUCAUUCUCAGGCUUGUCUGGUGUAGUUGUAGGAGUCUCUGUGAGGAUCAUAUGCUUAUUGUCAGAGCAGUAA